AUGGCGAUGCGGCUGUCCCGGCUUCCCGUCCAUCUUCGCGGCCUCGCACAUCUCGCGCACGGAGGAUCGGCUGCGGUGCCGCGGACAGCGCUUCACGGGACCUUCCGCGAGGAGCACCCUGACCUUUGCAGUCGACUCCCCCGGCUCGCUUUGCCGGCUGUUCUCGGCUGCUUCGAAGCGCGCCGGGGCAAGGUCACCAUGGGCGCGAAGCAGGGGUUUGCCUUCUACGCGGUCCAGCGCGGCCGCGCUCCGGGUGUCUACCGCAAAUGGAUGGACUGCAGCGAGCAAGUUGCUGGCUUUCCUGGGGCACGCUUCAAAGGGUUCCACAGCGAGCAGGAAGCUGAGGCCUUCGUGCGAUCAUCGGCCUCCCCGAAGCGCAGCAGAAGCAAGGCGGCGAGCCCCAAGCGCGAGCACAAGGAGCCAGACCCCGAAGCAGAAGCGAAGCUGCUAGCAGAGCUGCACGAGGAGCAGAUGGUCAUUGCUGAGGAGGUGCUGGCGGGCCGCAACGUUUUCAUCACAGGGCUUCCGGGCUGUGGCAAAAGCUUCUUGUUGAAGAAGCUCAUCGAGAUCCUUCGCCUGCGGAAGGGCCAUGAGGCGGUGGCGGUCUGCGCUUCCACUGGCGUGGCCGGCAUCCACAUUGGCGGCUCGACCUUCCACUCCUACCUCGGUUGCAAGGCCGGCGAGUCGGAGGAGGACUGGCAGAAGGCGUUCCGCAGCAGGAAGGUCAAGAAGCGUAUUCGCAACACCGAGAUACUGCUAAUCGAUGAGGUGAGCAUGAUUUCAGGUGAGUUUCUGGAAGAAGCCGGACAGCUGGUGGCACAGGUCCUUGCUUCCGAGAAGCCCUUCGGAGGCCUCCAGGUGGUCCUUUGCGGGGAUUUCCUGCAGCUGCCGCCCGUCAAGGCGACCUCGCUGGCCUUCCAAGCGUCCGUGUGGGAGGCUUUGAAUCUAAGGUGCUUCAACCUGAAGCACAACUUCCGGCAAUCAGGCGACGAGGCGCUCCAGUCGCUGCUGGGGCAGCUGCGCCUGGGUGUGCUGGAGAAGUCGUUGCUGUCCACGUUCGGUGACAUGUCCGAUCAUGAUGGCGAGGUCCACCCGAAAAUCGUGAGCACCAACGACGAAGCGCUCAAGAUCAACACGAGGAAUCUCGCCGGGCUUUCUGGCGUUGCCCGGGCUUUCGAAGCCUUGGAUGUUGCUGACAGUCCCUUCGAUCCUGCGGUGAAGACCGCGUUUCAGAACCUGCUCGCGGAGCAAACCCUCGAACUGAAGGUGGGCUGCGUCGUGAUGUUGCUGAAGAACCUCCGCCUGCAACGGCAGGCGUGA